AUGUCUGGCUUCUCCCUCUCUUCCUGCUUUCUGCCUUGCUUUUUUUCUAAGUCUUCCCUCUUGGGAGGAAGGCUGGUGUUUCGUGCCUUUUGGGAAGAUAAUUUCUUGAACCUCACUCGCAAACUGCCUUGGUUUGCGAUGUCGGUAGAAUUUAUACUUCCCUUUAGGCAUUAUCAGGAACGCAGGGUGAAUGACUUGGGACCCUCCUGUCGCUCCCACUUCACCUUCGUGCCUUCGUACCACCUUCUGUUACUCCCAAUUCCAGUUCCUCCAAGUUAUUUUCAUUCCUUCUGGGACCCCCUUCACUUCCAGCCUGUGCAGUAUAUUCCCACCUGCAAGCACCCUAUUACCUAG